GACCGCGAAGUGAGUCCCUCCUGAUCCCGGGAUCCACGCGGAUUGUCUCAGCUGGAGGGCGCAGAAGAAGCCGGGACACUGUGCACUGGGAUCGUCCACGCGAACAGAGCGGCACGGGGACAGCGAGUCGGGCUGAGAAUGGCGGCGAACUACUCCAGCACGGGUCCCAGGAAGGUGCACACCAAAACGACGACUGCCGAGCAGCCGGGCUUCCUGGAGCGGCUGAGCGAGACCUCCGGGGGCAUGUUUGUGGGGCUCACCACCUUCCUGCUCUCCUUCUACCUGAUUUUCACCAACGAGGGGCGCGCCCUGAAAACGGCGACCACGUUAGCAGAGGGGCUGUCACUGGUGGUCACCCCUGAGAGCAUCCACACCGUGGCGCCGGACAACGAAGGGAGGCUGGUGCACAUCAUCGGGGCCCUGCGGACGUCCAAGCUGUUGUCUGACCCAAACUACGGGGUCCACCUUCCGGCCGUGAAGCUGCGGAGGCAUGUGGAGAUGUACCAGUGGGUGGAGAGUGAGGAGUCCAGGGAGUAUACCGAGGACGGGCAGGUGAAGAAGGAGACGAGGUAUUCCUACAACACCGAGUGGAGGUCAGAAAUUGUCAACAGCAAGAACUUUGACCGCGAGAUUGGCCACAAGAACCCCAGCGCAAUGGCGGUGGAGUCAUUCACGGCAACUGCCCCCUUUGUCCAGAUUGGCAGGUUUUUCCUCUCGGCAGGCCUCAUCGACAAAGUGGACAACUUUAAGCCUCUGAGCCUGGCCAAGCUGGAGGACCCACAUGUGGACAUCAUCCGCCGAGGAGACUACUUCUACCACAGCGAGAACCCCAAGUACCCAGAGGUGGGAGACCUGCGUGUCUACUUCUCCUACGCAGGACUGAGCAGUGAUGACCCUGACCUAGGCCCUGCCCAUGUGGUCACUGUGAUUGCGCGGCAGCGGGGUGACCAGCUGGUGCCCUACUCCACCAAGUCCGGGGACACCUUGCUGCUGCUGCACCACGGGGACUUCUCCGCAGAGGAGGUGUUUCGUAGAGAACAGAAGAGCAACUCCUUGAAGACAUGGGGCCUGCGGGCCGCUGGAUGGAUGGCCAUGUUCAUGGGCCUCAACCUCAUGACGCGGAUCCUCUACACGCUGGUGGACUGGUUUCCUGUCUUCCGGGACCUGGUCAACAUUGGUCUCAAAGCCUUCGCCUUCUGCUUGGCCACCUCGCUGACCCUGCUCACCGUGGCUGCUGGCUGGCUCUUCUACCGGCCACUGUGGGCCCUUUUCCUUGGCUCCCUGGCCCUGGUGCCCAUCAUCAUAGCCCGGACCCGCGUGCCUGCCAAGAAGCUGGAGUGAGGCAGGACAGCCCCUGGCCUCCAUCUGACCUACAAGAACCCCAGGACUCAGUCACCCCUAUCUCCAACCUGGCCCCACGCCAGGAAAGGUCUCAGCUUGGUUGCACCCCCAGCCCCUGCCAGGACCAGCCUCGACAGCUCGGUGCCUAUCGGUUCCUGCCUGCCCAUGCUCUUGCCACUAAGCAGCUUGGGUGGGCAGAGCAGCUUGCAGGUGGCGCCCCACCAAGCGUUCUUCUGCUUUUCACUUUCCUUGGGAUGAAAGGGUGUGGCGGGCACAUGUGCCACUUCCCUCCCCACCAUCCCCUUCCCUUCUGACAAGGGGGUGUGGCAGGUAUGUAUUCUACUUCACUUACUCCAGUGACCUGUGGGGAGGGCUCAGCAGCUCACCCCACACCUGAGUUCAGGAGCCAAGGCUCUGCCAUAGCCGUGGGCAUCCACCUGCUGCACUGGCCUUUGCAUGUUACCACCAGGCACUCCUGGGCUACCCAGGCAGAGUGGACAUGUGCCCCACACAGCAGGGGCACCUGAACCAAAUCUGUGGACAGCACACUGAAGGUGGCACCGGGAGGCUUUGUACUCACCGUGGCCAGGUCCGGCAGUCUGCUGUAUGUAGGCCUGCCCAGGGCCCUGCACAGGCCUUCUGUUACCCCGUCACCGCUUCUCGUGCACUGUUACUCUGGAGGGGCGUGUCUGAAAUAAGAUUCGAGAAAAACAACUCUCCAGAUGAACAGCGUUUGGACUGUUACAGUAAACACCUUUUAUCCUGAGAGCUGAAGCCCAUCCCUGGUGGAGGCCCAGAGCUGGGACUUCACUGACGAUGGCCAGUGCUGGCGGGGUCGUGGGCCCCUGGGAUGCUGUGGGAAGCUCUGGCUAAAGCGUUAGUCUUCACUUGGAGUGAUGGGAAGCUCACAGGGUGAAAACAUUUUUGAUCCUUGGCAUCGGAACUUCCUGUUCACCUGAGCACACCCCGAGUUUCCAGUUAGCUGGAGGCUUCAUGCUAAACAGGUUCUGUCCCAGUCACCCCCAAUGGGCCAGAAUCCAGAGCCACAGGCCCAGCUGGGGCUUGCCAUGGGCUACCCAGCACCUUUCCCCAUGGCAGUGCUAACAUGAGCAUAGGUCCCAAAUGGCUGCUUCUGCGUGGCUUUUUGUUUACUCCUAAAUAUUCCCAUAAUUCAGUUUCCAAGUUUCCCAAAUACUCGACACUAAGGAUGAAGUGUGCCUUUAUUCCACAUGCCCCAGUUGGGAGUGGGUACUUUCACGCCUGCGCUGGGUGAGAACUUCGGGGCUGGUGUCUCACUGUGCUGGGCUCAGCUGUAAACUGACUGAAGCACAGCCGGCCUGAGAUGACCUGGACUGGGGUCUCGAACAGUAUUCACUCCUGCGUAAUGAACAGUUUCCCCGCCAUCUCCAACUCGAAGUGGAUACUUGUGGAUAAGUCUAAUUAGAGGGCGGUUAAAGUCUUCGGGGCCUGCUUUGUGUAGUGUUUUUUUAAUAUGGAUUUCAAUGCUAUUUUUAAGUGUUCUUAAAAUACAAGAGUUUGCAAAAAUCAUCAUGAAAUUUGAUUUGCCUUCGUAUUUUUGAUAAAAAUUUGGAAUAAAUUUCUAAGUAUCUUUUGGUACAGGACCUUGUAA